CGGACACAAAGGCCAUUAGGAGUAUGCACAUAGAAGGAGAGUGUGUUUAGGAUUCUUUCCCCCUUCUGUCAGCAGAGAAGAACUAAUGCUAUCACUCAAAGAUGCCACUUGCACCGAGGCCAUCUACAAGCUGUGCUAAGCUGCAGACCAAGCUGAGCGCCUGGACUCCUUUGAACCACCCACUGUCCAACAGCAAGGUGUUUGAAGAGAGGCGAAACCUUCUGGCCAAGUGGUUUGACAGGUGGUCUGACAGCCAGAGGAAGGCGGUGCUGCAGGACUUUGUGCUGAGCUGUUCAGUGGAGCAGCUGACGUUCCUGAGCCUCAGCGUGAGCAGACGGCUCCCUCUGCAGGCCUCAGACUUCACCUGCCUGCUGCCCAGAGCCCUCUGCCUCUACCUCUUCUCCUUUCUGGACCCACGCAGCCUCUGUCGAUGUGCACAGGUGAGCUGGCACUGGAAGAGCAUAGUGGAACUGGACCAGCUUUGGAUGCCAAAAUGUGUGAGGCUUGGCUGGUGCAUCAACUUUUCCCCCACCCCUCUGGAGCAGGGCGUCUGGAAGAUACACUACAUCCAGACUGUGCAGGAGCUGCGCCUCACCUCGCUGCAGGCUGCCUCAUCUCAGCAGCAGUUUAAGGUUCCACAUGCAUCAGCUGUCAGCAGUAGAUAUGAAGAUCUUUCAGAAGUGGCCUUCAUAAGCGAAGAGCGCCCAGCGUCCACCACCCAGACACUUGGAGGCAUCUCCAGGGCGGGUUUAAGAAAGGAGAAGCAGCCGUCUGCACCGCCACCGUGGAGAGACUCUGACAGAUGUCCCAAAGACAUACUACGCUUCAACUACUUGGACAACCUGGACCCCACUGAGCAAGCGCAAGUGAAGAGCAGAGCCUCCACCUGCCGCAGCAACACAUGGAAGCCAGACGCCGUCAGGAGCCAGAAAACACUGUCUGAGGCGCAUUACAAACUACGCAAAGCCAAAUCGCUGAUGUUCCUCAGCUUCAACAGCAGAACCCAACAUCCUCCUCCUCCUCCUCCUCCUCCUCAUCAUCAUCCUCAUGAGUCCCAAGCUCGACCCUCUUGGGCAGCUCACAGUCACGACCACGCGGUCACCGCCAAGAGUAUGCUGCACCUGGCCCAGUGCAAUGCCGGGAUCCGUCCAGGGCCGGUGAGGUCAGCAGUGCCACGGCUGAGUGUGGAGGCACUCAGGGCUUCCCAGCGCUCACACCGGAGCGUUCCCAGUACACCACUGUUUGAGGCUCAGCCCUGGACUGCUGCACACACACAGACAAGGAGUGAAGCUCACAUCCCACAUCAGGAAGAUGUCAGAGCAAGGCUCAGAGCUGCAGCUUCAGACGGUGUAGUUUAA